GCGGAGUAUAGGAGAGCAAUUUCAAACUUGGUUGUGUUUACGUACUCAGAAUCGUAUCUUCGAUACGUAAACAUUUCUGUAAAAGCAACCUUUUGAGUCCUUGCUGCGGUGGCAUUGUCAUGGUUUUCCAAGGCCUCCAGAUCAUGGGUGUACUGCUUGCCUUCAUCGGCUGGCUGGGCACCAUCAUCGCCUGCAUCAUGCCCAUGUGGAGGGUCACCGCCGAGGUGAUCUGGGAAGGCCUGUGGAUGAACUGCGUGAUCCAGGACAUGGGCCAGAUGCAAUGCAGGGUGUACGACUCCAUGCUCCCUCUACCUCAGGACCUGCAGGCCGCCAGGGCCAUGCUGGUCAUCUCAGUGAUCAUCGGGGUGUUCGGCGUCCUCAUGCCGGUGGUCGGAGGAAAUUGCACCAUUUGCAUGGAGGACGAAGCGGCCAAAGCCACAGCCUGCAUCGCGUCCGGAGUGAUCCACAUACUAGAAGCCUUUCUGAUCAUGGUCCCGGUGUCGUGGACCGCUCACGCGGUUUUGAACGAGCCACUGGGGUAUGCGGCUCAGAGCAGUGAACUCGGCCCCGCAAUUUAUAUCGGCUGGGGCUCUGCUGCGCUGCUGCUGCUGGGAGGAGGUCUGCUUUGUAACAACUGCCCCCCGCAGAGAAGCACAAGACACUUCAUGCCUGCCAAGUCCACCCGUGUGAGAACUGCGUCUCCAAAGGUUGACUAUGUGUAA